AUGAACGACAGUAUGCUGUCGGAUACCCUUCCAGGGACGGUAGCUCAGGAAACGACACCGGAAGGUGAAGCAUAUAAUGCCGUUUCGGGUGCUAUCAGCAAUUCUGCCUCAAUGACACACAGUCAGUCUUCAAAAGCCCAAACAGCAAUUGGAAACAAUAAAGUACUUCAAGAUGCUCCGGCAGCUGAGGUAACGACGUCGGAUGUCACAGUCGAAUAUUCAAAUAAACCUGGCGAGCCCAGAAAACCACUUACCCUGCUUGAUCUGCCACUUGAUAUUUUAAGAGAGAUUGUCAAAGAGAUUACCCUCACCCACGAUCUGACAUCGCUCGCCCUUACCUGCUCCGCGCUCCAUUCGCUGGCAAUCCCCGCAAUGUAUUCCCGGUUCGAUAUUGUCUGGCCAGAACCCGCGCCCGUAUCGGAUCAACCCAUGGGUGUAGAUGCGCUUUCGUACGGCCUGGCGACAUUGGUAAUGGGGGCAAACGUGUUCAAGGAAACCCCUUAUGCAAGCUCCGAUAAACGGUGCCAGCAUUGUGGAUGUGAGGGAUCUUAUUACCACCAACAAAACAACCACGGUUCGUCCUCAUUAAGAACGAAUUAUGGGCAGUUUAGAAUUGGGAAUUACUAUGCUCAAUGGACCAAGAAGUUUUGUGUCGGCAAUGGACCAACUGAUUGGGUACAAGAAUAUGCAAUUACGAAAGAAACGGGCAAAUUACUUGGAACGUUAGUGGCUCUGGCUGUUGCUCGAAUGGUCAAUCUGGAAAGCUUCAUCUGGGAUAUGCCUACGGGGGUGAUGCGAGAUGUCUUUCUUGCUCUUGCUUCAUUGGACGCACGCUCCAACAACCGAGAGUGUCGUCUCGAACGAGUCUGGAUUCGAUGGCACGACAAUCGUCAGAAGUGCCCCCUGUUCCAUAACUGGUCGUACCAACGGCCCGGUGUUGAGAAUUUGUACCAACGUGUCGAGUAUCCUACAUUUUCGGUUUUGCCGCCUUUGAAAUCGCUGAGCGUAUUGAACAUUGAUGAACCGGCAUAUUUGCAAGAAAUGGCUGUUCUCAUUGAACGUUCGCGGCACAAGCUCCGUGAACUGCGUAUCGGAAUGGCUUCUACUUGCUCUACGGAUGACUGGGUAUAUCCGACCGAAAUAGGACACCCAAGUGACACUCCACGAUCGUCGUUUCCGGGAUGGCCUAAAUCUGGUGGCGUGUUGUCGAUUUUAUUAAACAUGCCUGAAUCUGACGCUCUUUCAACCUCAUCAACGCCCACUGGAGAAUGGAUUGAGAGCAAAAUUCAGGAUAUUCCGUCCUCUCCGACUUUCAUUACACCUACCGAGCAAAACAGUGGCGUGGAUACGACUACGCAUAUGCUUGGCGAUUUAACAAUCAAUAGGGCGCAAGAUGGAGGGGCUUUUCAAAACGCAACAACUAUCAACACUGACUCGAAUUCUCCAAAGGCGGAAAUACCACUGGCUACAGAGAGAGAUUCAAUUGGAACGCCAACUGGAAAACAGGACAGGUUACAGCUGGAAACACUAGAACUGGAGAAUGUUGUCAUUUAUACGCCGUUGCUAAUCGAAGCCAUUGACUGGACCCGUCUUUCCACUCUUACUAUCCUUCACUGUGAAGAGCACGAAUCACUCUGGAGAGCAUUACGCAGGAAAUAUUCUCCUUCGGAAAGUAGCCGGCAAGGAUCGGAUAUCAUACCCCAAGACGCUUACCCUUUCAAACUAAAGCACCUUCAUACCGACCGUGUUUCGACUUACCUGAUGUUAUUCCUAAAGGAAGCUAUCGCUCCGAAUACACUGGAGAGCAUAUAUCUCCAAGAAGGGAGGUCUUAUACGACUGUUGUCUCUAUCGAGGCGAUAUACAAACACGUCCUGCGUCGACAGAGAGCUAGUCUGAGGAAGGUCCUGAUUGAUCGUUCACGCCGUGGCGAACUUGUGUCUAUCAACCAUGGCCAUUGGCGGGACUGGAUGCUUCCUAGGGAGGCCCUGGCAUUUGUGACAAGUGGGAAAAUGCCUCAACUCCGUGAGUUAGGCAUUGGCAUGGACCGCCGCGAUUGGCAUUUCUUCCUCCAGCGGCUUCCUAGACUAGCCAACUUGCGGGCUCUUUAUUUGCCCAAUAUGUUUGAUCCAACUCUUGGAAGGAACAAACAUCGAGAACUGGCUCUACAAAUACUGGAUAUUGUCACACUGCGGCCAGAGAUACAGUUAUGCUAUAUUGGAAUCGAGCACAAAUGCUUUGAAAUUCUUGAGACGCCGGUGAAUGAUAAAUUGGACCGUGACUCUCCCUGGUAUUCAGAAUCAGACACUGACAAUGCCGAUGAUCAUACCAACGGUCAUGACUCCGACUCUAACAGUGAGGAGGAUGAUAACGAUGGUGACGGCAAUGAUGAUGACUUUCAUACAAACCCUCAUGUCAUUCUUGAGCUUGACGAGGACACCGAUGAGGACAGCGAGUAUCGUCAUGGCAAUGGUUCACGCUUUGUCUUUAGACUACGUGAGAUUCUCUUCUACGACGACAAAAUAUCUGUCUUCAAAUCUCGUCACUGCAGUUUAUAA